CCGGCGCGCCCGCCAUGGCGGCGCCCAGCGUGUUCCUGCUGGCCGUGAGCGGCGAGAUCGAGAGCGGGGAGUUCCCGGGAUUCGAUGACCUCUACUGCAAGUUCUCCUUUGUCUACGGCCAGGACUGGGUCCCCACGGCGGGCCUGGAGGAGGGAAUCUCGCAGAUCACCUCCAAGAGCAGCGUCUCGCCCACCACGCUGGUCUGGAACUUCCCCAUCGACAUCACCUUCAAGAGCACCAACCCCUUCGGCUGUGAGUGCUGGGGGGGGUCUGGCCCUGGUGCCAAAGCUCCCCCUCACCCCCGUUUCCUUGCAGGGCCCCAGAUUGUGCUCAGUGUCUACGGGCCUGACUUCUUUGGGCACGAUGUGGUCAGGGGUUAUGGAGCUGUGCAUGUGCCCUUCGUGCCAGGCAGGCACAAAAGAACCAUUGCCAUGUUUGUCCCAGAGUCCACCUCGAGGCUGCAGCAGCUCACCAGCUGGUUCACAGGGAGGCGCCCGGAAUUCACCGACCCCAAGGUGGUGGCGCAGGGAGAGGGAAGGGAAGUGACCAGGGUGCGCUCCCAGGGCUUUGUCACCAUUUCCUUCAACGUGAUCACCAAGGACCUUCACAAGCUGGGCUACGACGUGGGCCAGGGUCAGAGCCCCGGGCCCCAGGGGCUGCAGGGCCUCUGAGCCCCCCAAAACCCCCCAAACCCCAGGGGCUGCAGGGCCUCUGAGCCCCCCAAACCCCAGGGGCUGCAGGGCCUCUGAGCCCCCCAAAACCCCAGGGGCUGCAGGGCCUCUGAGCCCCCCAAACCCCAGGGGCUGCAGGGCCUCUGAGCCCCCCAAACCCCAGGGGCGGCAGGGCCUCUGAGCCCCCCAAACCCCAGGGGCUGCAGGGCCUCUGAGACCUCCAAAGCCCUGGGGCAGCACAGGGGCUGCAGGGACUCUGAACCCCCCCAAAUCCCCUCGACCCCAGGGGCUGCAGGACCUCUGAACCCCCCAGGGGCUGCAGGGCUUCUGAGCCCCCCAAACCCCAGGGGCUGCAGGGCCUCUGAGCCCCCCAGAGGGGCUACAUGACUCCUGAGCCCCCCAAAUCCCCAGGGCCUGCACAGCUUCUGAGCCCCCCAAACCCCAGGAGCUGCACAGCCUCUGAGCCCCCCAAAUCUCCUGGGCCCCAGGGGCUGCAUGGCUUCUGAGCCCCCCAAAUCCCCUACACAGCCUCUGAGCCCCCCAAAACCCUUCUGAGGGAAAGGAGGAGCUGCUCCAACUCAGUCACUCCAAAAAACACCAGCCCAGGAGGAUCUGGGGUAACAACCAAGCCUGAUCCUCCCAGCAAGGCUGAAGUGUUGUGGCAAUUGAUGUCAUUGGUAACAUUCAGUGUUUUAUUGAUAAUUAUUGUAUUUUAUUCAGUGUUUUUAGGGGUCAGGCUGUCUCAGAGUAAGGCCUGUAACAAAAUAUUUUUAUAGCAGCCUUUUGUACACCUUUUUAUAGAAUUAAUGACACAGAAAGUUUAGAGCUGUAGCAGUUUCCCUGCAGUUAAAACUUUGCAAACCCAGUUUCUCUUCAGUGAUUUUUUUUUUUUUUUGGCAAAUGAGGAAUUGAAAUUAUUGCACCUUCCAAAAAUGGUCCUGUGAAAUGCAUCCCCCUCUAAGCUUUUUUAGGCUGAAUAAAUAAACUCUGUUGUAUCAAUGGA